AUACAAAGCGAGAAGCGUCAACGAAUCAGAAACACGGAUUGCUUGGCCAGCACCAGGUCAGGUGAGGACAGGUAAGCCAGGAGAAUACGAAUUUCAGCCAAUCAAACCAUUUUUACACAGCGCAUCCUUAAGGCCGCUGCCACGACGGAUGCGCAUAAAUAGCACACACAGCAACCGAAACGAACACAGUUCUUAUUCGUCGUCAAAGUUGUGUAGAGCAGCUAACAAAGCAAAAAUAAACAAAAAAAAAAAGCAAAUCGAAAUGUUAACCAGUGAAUAUUGUGACACCGACUACUCGUGUUACUCGGCCACGAUGCGCCUGUUUGACGGCCACUCGGAAGCAAGUGAAAAUUACACAAAAGUGCUCAGUGAUAAUAUGGAGGAGCUUGCGGCUUUGUAUGGCAUGGCAUUCAGUAGCGAUAGUCCAGCAUUAUCAUCAUCAUCGUCAGCCUCUUUGUCAUCAUCGUCAUCGCCACCAGCGUCAUCUUUAGAAAAUCCACCGGAAAUAGUCGACUACGACAACGAUUUCCUGAGAGACUUCAAAUUCGAACACACAAUCGAGAGCACGCAACGUGUAUCUGGCAUUAAAGAAAAUCAUAAAUUUUGGCCAUCCUCCAAAUUGCAAAGUGCAUUGACGUCCGCGCAACCAUUUAGCGAAUGUUGGACAUCAUCACCGUCGGCAGAAGGAUCAGAAAAACGAAAAAUGCUGGGUAGAACGACGUUUAGAAUUGAUGCUUCGAUGCCACCAAGUCAGCGCCAUCUCAACAAAAUGUCCGCCAUUUCGGCGAAUGCGUCUAACUGCGCCACACCGGAUGUCCAGCGAAAGCGCCGCCUUGCCGCGAAUGCACGCGAACGACGACGCAUGAAUAGCUUGAAUGAUGCUUUCGAUAAGCUACGCGAUGUUGUUCCUUCGCUGGGUAAUGAUCGGCGCCUCUCGAAAUAUGAAACGCUGCAAAUGGCUCAAGCGUAUAUUGGCGACUUGGUUAAGCUAUUGACGCGAGAUUAUUAAAUUUUUAUUUUUUUGUGGGGUAGGGGGAAGCGGGGUUGUUAUUUGUAAAUUGUAAAAGGUAGAAUAAUUAGAUUUUAAUUAUAGGAUUAGUUUGUUAACUUAUUUUAAUAUUGAAAA